AUGGAGCCACCAACAAGCAACCUUUCAUUGUGGGUGCCCCUGGGCAACGGGACUGUGUCAGAGGGAGGCGAGUCUGCCGCAGCCCUGGGAGCUGUGCUGAGCCUGAUGUGUGCCACCGGGGUGGCAGGAAACCUUUACGCCUUGGCCGUGGUGCGGGCAUCACCCUCAGCUUCCUCGCUCCGUGUCCACUUGGUCAACUUGGCCUUGGCCGACCUGCUGUACCUGUCGACAGCCCCCUUCAUUGUCCACAACGGGCUGGUGAAGGACUGGCUUUUUGGUGAGGCCGGCUGCCGGGUCCUCCUCAGCCUGGACCUCCUCACCAUGCACGCCAGCAUCUUCCUGCUCACCCUGAUGAGCUGUGAGCGCUACGCUGCCGUGGCCCACCCCUUCCAGGCCGCAAGGCGUGCGCGGCGCUGCCGGCGACCUCUGGCCCUCGCCAUCUGGCUCCUGUCCUUUGCCCUGGCCCUGCCCAUGAUGGUGAUGAUCCACCAGGAGGAGCGGACGGUGGGGGGUGGCGUGCCCACCCGGCGUCUCUGCUCCCCAACCUGGAGUGAGGAGCAGUACAGGGUCUACCUGAGCGUCCUGUUCAGCACCAGCAUCGUGGCUCCCGGCCUCAUCAUCGGGUCCCUCUACUGGCGCUUGGCGAGGACUUAUUGGGUGUCGCAGACGCGCGGCGGGUUGGGCCGCUCUCCAAAGAACCGGGUCUUCCUCCUCAUCCUCGUCAUUGUCCUGGCCUUCUGGGCUUGCUAUUUGCCCUUCUGGGUCUGGCAGCUCCUGCCCCUUUACUGCCAGCAGGCUGCCCGGCUGCCCGUCCACACAGAGAUCUCUAUCAACCACUUGGUGACUUGCUUGACUUACGGCAACAGCUGCAUCAACCCCUUCCUCUACACCUUGCUCACGCGCAACUACCGCGAGUACCUGCGCGCCCGCCAAAGGGGGUCGUCGCGCACUUCCCUGCGUUGCUUCCAGAACAGAGAGAGGCAGCAAGGAGAAGGCCUGGAGGUCAUCUGA